AUGGAGAUGGAGAUCGACGGUUCUGGAAUUGUAUCUUCCAAUGAGAUCAAGCAGAGAAGCAAGAAAAACAUGGUGAGGAAGAAAAAGAACAAGAGCAAAAGGACGAGCACAAAAGAAACGUUUCAUUACCUGCCAAAGUUUCGGUGUUUCAGCUUGAAAUCUGAAACGGACGGGAAGGGGAAUUUUGAUAUGGAGGUUGAGGAUGAAGGGCGUGGGAAAAUGACUCCUACCCAUCUUAUUAUAAUGGUGAAUGGUCUUAUAGGCAGUGCUCAGAAUUGGAAAUAUGCAGCAAAACAGUUUCUCAAGAGAUACCCAGAAGAUGUUAUUGUUCACUGCAGUGAAUGCAAUUGCUCAAUGCUGACAUUUGAUGGGGUUGAUGUAAUGGGGGAGAGAUUAGCAGAAGAGGUUAUUUCCGUCAUAAAACGCCACCCAAGUGUUCAGAAGAUCUCGUUUGUUGGUCAUUCAUUAGGCGGCCUUAUAGCAAGGUACGCCAUUGGCAGGCUCUACGAAAGAGACCUCACGAGGGAACAAUCUCAGGAAAAUGGAGAAUGUAGGAGUGAUGGAGUUGAGGAUCCAUUGCUGGAGCACAAAGUCAAAGGCAAAAUUGCUGGACUGGAGCCUGUGAAUUUUAUAAGCUCUGCAACUCCGCACCUUGGUACCAGGGGGCAUAAACAGGUUCCAGUGUUUUGUGGCUUUCAACCCCUGGAAAAAGUAGCAGCUCGUAGCUCAUGGUGUCUAGGUAGAAGUGGAAAACAUCUGUUUUUAACUGAUAGGGAUAAAGGAAAACCUCCCCUUCUUAUUCAGAUGGUCAAUGAUACUGAAGAUCUUAAUUUCUUAUCUGCAUUGCAGUCCUUCAGGCGUCGUGUUGCCUAUGCAAAUGUUCUCUAUGACCACCUUGUCGGAUGGAGUACAUCAUCUCUACGGCGUAGGAAGGAGCUGCCAAAGCUUAAACAUUUAUCCAAAGAUGACAAAUAUCCACAUAUUGUGAAUGUGGAGACAAUAAAAACUGCCAGUACUCAAGAAGAAGUAUCUUUCGAAGCAAAAGCCAGUGGAUGCAAGCAUAUUGACUUGGAAGGGGGGCGCUAA